CACCCCACUUCCCUUUUUUCACUACAUAAUAUCGCAUAAAUCUUCCCUCCCUUCCCUUCUCCUCUUUCCCUUACUUCCUUUCUUUCCAUAGUCUCUCUCUGAAAUGGCUCUUCUUGGGUCAUGUUUGACCCUUGUUUUUCUAGUUCUGGUUCUAUCUGACACUGCUACUUCAGCUCUGAUAAUGAGCUCGAAGAACCACCAAAGCAGGCACCAACACAGAAGAAGAUUACCAAUGUUCCAAACCAACCAAAGCACAUGUGCUCUGUUUGCAGGCACUUGGGUACGUGAUGAAAGCUACCCACUUUAUCAAUACUCCAGCUGUCCCAUUAUAGACCCACAAUUCAACUGCCAAAUGUAUGGAAGACCCGAUUCUGAUUACCUCAAAUAUAGAUGGCAGCCUCUAAAUUGCGAGCUUCCCAGCAUGUUCAUGGUAGGUUCGAUGGGCUUGAGUUCUUGAUGAAUAUGAAAGGGAAAACAGUGAUGUUUGUGGGUGACUCAAUGGGGAGGAAUCAAUGGGAGUCUUUAAUUUGCUUGAUUUCAGCUGCGGCGCCACAAACCCAGAUGCAAAUAUCAAGUGGAGAUCCCCUGUCCAUCUUCAAGUUCUUGGAUUAUGAUGUGUCUUUGGCGUUUUAUCGAGCACCUUAUUUAGUGGACAUAGAUGUGGUUCAAGGGACGAGAAUUCUGAGGUUAGAAGACAUAUCCAGCAAUGGAAAUGCGUGGAAGGAUGCUGAUGUUCUAAUGUUCAACACAGGACACUGGUGGAGCCACAAAGGAUCUCUCAAAGAGUGGGAUCUCAUAGAAUCAGGAGGCACAUAUUACCAGGACCUGGACCGUCUGGUUGCUUUGGAAAAGGGACUAAGAACGUGGGCUGAUUGGGUAGACAACAAUGUUGACAGAACCAGAACCAGAGUCUUUUUCCAAUCCAUUUCUCCCACACACUAUGAUCCGAGUGAAUGGAGAACAGGAACAACAGUGACGCCAACAAAAAACUGUUACGGAGAAACAACACCUGUGAGUGGAAUGACAUACCCGACCGGAGAAUACCCUGAACAGAUGAGGGUGGUGGAUAAUGUGAUCGGGGAUAUGCACUUUCCUGUAUACAUAUUGGACAUAACCAUGCUUUCUGAGCUUAGGAAAGAUGGGCAUCCCUCAAUAUAUAGUGGUGAUUUGAGUCCUGACCAAAGGGCUAACCCGGACCAAUCUGCAGAUUGCAGCCAUUGGUGCCUUCCUGGGUUGCCUGAUACUUGGAACCAGUUAUUCUACACCGUCUUGUUCUACUAAGUUUUAUCAUUUAUGUGCUUCUUCCCAUAUCUCUUUCAAUUUCCAUUUUUUUUUUUUUAUUAUAUGUUUUCUGAGAGUUGGCAGAACUGCAAUUUCCUCUCUGCAUCUUUAUUCACUGUACUUGUAGUUAAGAUUAGUCCAGCUUCUCCUGAAAGUAAACGCUUAUAUCAUUC